AUGGCUGCCGCGUGUGUGGUCUCCGGAAAAACGGCGGAGUUGAGUCGCUGGAAAAAGAUUCAAUUUCAAUUCGAAAAUAACUAUUCGGAAGAAAGUUCAAUUACAAAUCAUGAGGAAGUUGUGUCCAUCUGUAGAGAGAGAAAGCGCCAAAUCAAACGAGCCGUUGAGAGAAGGUAUGCUCUUGCAGAUGCACAUUACAAGUAUUUUCAGUCUCUUUAUGGAGUCUCGGCGACCAUAAACCUUUUUGUGGCCCACCAUUCUCCUCCGCUGUUGUACAUCACAAUCUCAUCGGCGCCGGAGAAAAACACAGUCAUCUCAAACCCUUUAUUCCUCAAGAAAAACCCAUUUGAGCCCAGCAAAAAGGCCGUACCUUGCGACUCAUGCAGUUCUUCUAUAAGCUCUGCCUCUCAAGAACACAGGCCCCUCGAAAAAAAAGAAGAAAAUGAAGAAAAAGAGAAGAUUUGUGGGUAUUUCUACAUGGACAUGCCUCGGAGCAACACAAUGGCCUCACCACAGAGGGAUUUCGAGUGGGAUUUUUACAACCCUUUCAAAAAUGUGGCAAUGGCGGCGCCGGAGAUGAUAAAUAUUUAUAAUAAUAUUAAUAAAAAUAUUUCAGAGGAGGAUUUGAGAGCCGUGAGGGAAGAAGGGAUACUGGAGCUGGAAGAUGAGCGAGAAUGUGCAGUUGAGAGCAAGAGGAGUGAUUUGGAGAAAUAG